CGUAAGCGAAACCGUGUGCUACACUUAGUACAAUAUAAAUCGAUUGCACUUAAAUCAAUUACACAAAUGUAUAUGUCACAUCUCUAUCUGUUGACAUACGUGCCCGACCGCUCAUCGUAAACCUAACCUCAAUGCGGUUAUUUCCAUAGUUCUCAAGGGCUUUUAACAUUUUCAGUUUCAGUGCUCGUUUUCAGCUCAAAGUUCAUUUCGUUUUCCCUACGUAAAUAAAAUCACACCAUGGUAGUAUCCGAAGAGCAGGUGGCGGUAGAGGGGGACGCGGCGACCAGCAAGAAGGCCGCGAAGAAGGCAGCUAAGGCUGCCGAGAAGGAACAGAAAAAGGCAGAACAUAAGGCGGCCCAAAGCCAGGGUCAAGGUGAGCAGGAGCCCGACACAUCCGAAGGUCGGUAUGGGAACAUGCCACUGAUCCGCUCGACCGGCGAAAACCGCGACCGCGUCUACACCGAUGUCAAGGACCUGGGCGUCAAGCUGGACGGACAGACUGUGUGGGUGCGAGCUCGUCUCCAAACUUCCCGUGCGAAAGGCAAGCAGUGCUUCGCAGUGUUGCGUCAGACGUCGAGCACGGUGCAGCUGCUCGUCAGCGUCAACGAGGAGCGCGCCGUCAGCAAGCAAAUGGUGAAGUUCACCGGCAACAUCAACAAGGAGUCGAUAGUGGACGUGCAAGCCCUGGUGGUGAAGACCGCGGCGCCGGUGGAGUCGUGCACGGUGCGCGACGUGGAGCUGGUGGGCGUGCAGGUGUGGUGCGUGUCCAGUGCGAAGGCUCAGCUGCCGCUGCUGAUAGAGGAUGCUGCGAGGCCGGAGAAGAGUGAUGACCCGGAGGCGUUGAAGAUCCGCGUGAACCAGGACACGCGGCUGGACAACCGCGUGCUGGACUUGCGCACGCCCGCCAACCAAGCCAUCUUCAGAAUCGAGGCCGGUGUCUGUAGGCUCUUCAGGGACAUACUCACCAAGAAAGGGUUCGUGGAGAUCCACACACCGAAGAUAAUCUCAGCGGCGUCGGAGGGCGGCGCCAACGUGUUCACGGUGUCGUACUUCAAGUCGUCCGCGUACCUCGCGCAGAGCCCGCAGCUGUAUAAGCAGAUGGCCAUCGCCGCCGACUUCGACAAGGUGUUCACCGUGGGCGCAGUGUUCCGCGCCGAGGACUCGAACACGCACCGGCACCUCACCGAGUUCGUGGGGCUGGACCUGGAGAUGUCGUUCAAGCACCACUACCACGAGGUGCUCGACACCAUCGGCGCCACCUUCACCGAGAUGUUCAUAGGACUUAGAGACCAGUUCGCGUUUGAGAUCGCGGCGGUGGGCCAGCAGUACCGCGUGGAGCCGUUCAAGUUCCUCGACCCGCCGCUCCGACUGGAGUUCCCGCAGGCGAUACAGAUGCUCAAGGAAGCGGGAGUGACGAUAGGCGAGGAGGACGACCUGUCGACGCCGGACGAGAAGCUGCUGGGCCGCCUCGUGCGCGCCAAGUACGACACCGACUUCUACAUCCUCGACAAGUACCCGCUCGCCGUCAGGCCCUUCUACACCAUGCCCGACCCCACCGACCCGAAAGCAUCCAACUCGUACGACAUCUUCAUGCGUGGCGAGGAGAUCAUGAGCGGCGCGCAGAGGAUACACGACCCCGAGUUCCUCACCGAGAGGGCGCUGCACCACGGCAUCGACAUAAACAAGAUCGCCGCCUACAUUGAAUCCUUCCGAUUGGGAUGUCCUCCACACGCGGGUGGUGGUAUCGGUCUGGAGCGCGUGGUGAUGCUGUACCUCGGCUUGGACAACAUCAGGAAGACCUCCAUGUUCCCGAGGGACCCCAAGAGGGUCACGCCUUAACACACCAGUGAACUGUUGAAUUUUAUCGCGUUUUUAACGAUUUUAAAUGACAUUGUUGGAACUGAGUUGUACAAGUCUAGAGUUCAGGCAUUUCGGUCAAAUGUCUGUUAAAUGGUUCGAAACAUUUUCCUUGACAUUUUUGAUGCGAAAUGGCUGGUUUUAAUAAAAUUAAUUUAAGGAUAUGAAUUUGUAAAUGAGCGCCAUAUUGCUGUACGGUUUAGGUGACUUGCACGUUUGAAAACUUUUAAUAGAGCCCAUAAUGAACCCACUACUGCAAGGUUAAAGAAUACCUAUUUUGUAGAUCAAAUACCAGUUUGGUUAUAAGCCUCGGCUGUUGUAGCAGUGGGUCCACAUUUGCUCUGUGGAUUGGGGCCAUUUAAAACUGCCACUGCCACUUUAGUGCCCCCUACCUAUCGUCAAACGACUAAUAAGCGUGAAUAUAUGGUCAGCAUGAGUCAGUGAUGGUAGUAUUCUACAUCUAUACAGAUAUGACAAGAUAUUUUAAAAGUUCUGAGGUAACAAACAUAAAAAAGUAGUCGAAUUGAGAACCUCCUCCUUUUUUUUAAGUUGGUUAAAAAGACGGUCGUAUUGGCGCCAUUUUUUUGGUUCAAAGUAAUGAUUCCAGAUUUGAAGAUGACGUUUCGAAUGUGACUUGGACAGACUUAUUUCCCGUACAAAGUACGCGAUAAUGUUCGUGAGACUGUAAAAUUGUACUUGACUAAUCUCUUUUGUAAAAUAUUUAAUUGGUGUUUGAAUUAUAUCGUUUAUUUUUAA